CCUGCCAUUGGCUACGAUGUACACACUGCUACACGGUUUCUAUAAAUAUCUGACACAAAAAGAUGAAUAUUGUGUUGUUAUAUUGGGUCUGGACAAUGCUGGAAAGACGACAUAUUUGGAGGCUGCCAAAACGAAAUUCACAAAAAACUAUAAGGGCAUGAAUCCGGGCAAAAUUACAACAACAGUUGGUCUCAACAUUGGCACGAUAGAUGUACAAGGUGUACGUUUGAAUUUCUGGGAUUUAGGUGGCCAACAUGAAUUACAAUCCUUAUGGGAUAAAUACUAUCAAGAAUCACAUGCUGUAAUCUAUGUUAUCGACUCAAAUGAUCGUGAUCGGAUGGAAGAAUCGAAAGUGAUUUUUGAUAAAAUGAUUAAAAAUGAUCUGUUAUCUGGUGUACCGCUACUCAUAUUGGCAAAUAAACAAGAUUUACCUGAUGUUAUGGGUGUUCGUGAUAUCAAACCAGUGUUCCAACAAGCCGGUGGUUUUAUAGGACGACGUGAUUGUCUAACAAUACCAGUAUCAGCAUUAACGGGGUUGGUUAAGGAACACACGCUGGGCAUGUUCAGCCCAAUACGAAUUGAGACGGCUGCACCCACCUGA